AUGGCCAACUUCAACUGGCGGACGAUAGACGUCGACUCGUAUGACCCGGAAGCGGCCGUGAACUUCCCUAUGACGACGCUUCUGCCAUCGAACCUACCCGCGCCAUCCACGUCCGCCGAGUCAGCACAGAUAGGCCAACAAGUGCGCCAACUGCUCCGAGCAGGCGACAGUGUGGGUGCACUACAAUCGGCACUGGAGACGGCGCCGUUCGCUGGCGACGAGUCUGCGAAGCAAGUCCACCUUGCCACAGUCCUCGAAGUCCUACAAGCUAUCAGGCAGUCCGACGUUGGCAGGAUACUGAAUGAGAUCUUGAAACAACCUGGCGGAAAUGCAUUGGGAGAUACCUUGAUGAAGUACAUCUACAAGGGCAUGGCUGUGGGUGCUGGUGGAAGCGGCACUAAAGGUGUCAGUCCUCAGACAACCGGUAGUGGAUUCAGUCAGGUGCAGUCGCGGAACUUUGGCGAGGGUGGCGGUGGCCAGGUCAUGAGUGUCCUGCUCAGUUGGCAUGAGAAGCUGACCGAGGUCGUCGGCGUGGGCGGGAUCGUCAGGGUUUUGUCGGAUCGCAGGACGGUAUGA